AUGGCAUACACACCAAGAGGAGGUGCUCGUGGCGGCGACCGUGGCGGACGUGGAGGUUUCGGCGGGGGAAGAGGUGGUGAUCGUGGUGGUCGCGGAGGCUUUGGAGGAAGAGGUGGUGGUAGAGGUGGUGGAGACCGUGGAGGACGUGGAGGUGGCCGUGGUGGUGGAAGAGGAGCUCCUCGUGGAGGACGUGGUGCCCCAAGAGGACGUGGAGGUGCUGGUGGAGCCAGAGGUGGUGCUAAGACCAUUGUCGAGCCCCAUCGUCAUGAAGGAAUUUUCGUCGCUCGUGGUAAGGAAGAUAUGUUGGUCACCAAGAACCUUAGCCCAGGUGAAUCCGUAUACGGCGAGAAGCGCAUCAGUGUCGAGAACGCCGGCCCAGCCAACGAGGAUGGUACCCCAAGCACCACCAAGGUCGAAUACCGUGUCUGGAAUCCUUUCAGAAGUAAGAUUGCCGCAGGUGUUCUUGGUGGUAUGGAUGAGAUUUUCAUCAAACCUGGUGCUAAGGUCCUUUACCUUGGUUCCGCUUCCGGAACUUCAGUUUCCCAUGUUGCUGAUAUCGUUGGACCUACGGGAACUGUUUUCGCCGUCGAAUUCUCCCACAGAUCUGGCCGUGAUCUUAUCAACAUGGCUACCCACCGCACAAACGUCAUCCCAAUUAUUGAGGACGCUCGUCACCCACUUAAAUACAGAAUGUUGGUCUCCAUGGUCGAUGUCAUCUUCGCUGAUGUUGCACAACCUGAUCAAGCCCGUAUUGUUGGUUUGAACGCCCAUUUGUUCUUGAAGGUUGGUGGUGGUAUCUUGGUUUCCAUCAAGGCAUCUUGUAUCGACUCUACCGCUGCACCCGAAGCUGUUUUCGCUAGAGAAGUUCAGAAGUUGAGAGAGGAGAGAAUCAAGCCUUUGGAACAAUUGACCUUAGAACCUUUCGAGAGAGAUCAUUGCAUGGUAUCUGGACGUUACGUUCGAUCCUUGUAA